AUGGAACCUGCAUCACGUUGGGACAUUCCACAGGAGGGGACGCAAGAGUCUUAUGAUGUAGAAAUAUUGGAACAACGCUUGCGUUUCCCGUAUGGAAGCAAUUUAAUUGCACCGAAUCGAAUAAUGAAAAGCGCUAUGAGUGAACAGCUGGCAACAUAUGACAAAAAUAAUAUGAUGAAAAGUGGCAUACCGACUCAGGAAAUAAUUAAUUUGUAUGAAAAAUUUGCUGAGGGCGGUUUUGGUAUUAUAGUCACUGGCUGUAUCAUGAUUAACGGAAAGGAUAUAGAAGCUCCAGGCAAUGUGAUCAUCGACAAGGAAUUGGAUUCAACUGAACGUCGAACUGCUUUUCAGGAAUGGACCAAAUGCACCAAGCGAAACGGAAGUAUCGUUGUAGCUCAGCUUUUUCACCCAGGAAACUGUGCAGCAGACUUGCCCCAUAAAACUGAUUUCGAUAUCAAUAAUUUAACACGGAAGCAAAUCGCAGAUAUGAUUAGUGAUUAUGCCUAUGCAGCAAGCUAUUCUCAAAAGCGUGGUAAGUCAUUAUUUUUUGGCAAGCGUGAAUUUUAA